AUGUCCUUUGCUGUUAGACUACAGUCAUUUAAGUCGAAGACCCGAGUCUUCAUCAUCUCCGACAUCUCUAAUGAACCAGAUGAUGCGGAGUCGCUUGUCAGAUACCUCCUAUAUUCGAAUCAGUUCCAAACCGAAGGCUUGGUUGCCUGUACAUCAACAUGGAUGAGGACCAAAGUGUGUCCUCAGGAUAUGAUCAAGAUCAUUGAUGCAUAUGCUGGGGCUGUUGACAACCUUAAUGCCCACGUACACCCAGAUUUUCCUUACCCGACAGCUGAAAGUCUGAGGAAUCUCGUGCGGUCAGGCCCACCUGUAUACGGCUUUGCCGCCGUUGGUGACGAUAUUCCCUUAAGCGAAGGUGCCCAACUACUCCUCGAACGCAUCAUAACUCCGUCUAAUGAGCCACUUUGGGUUCUUUGCUGGGGUGGGACAAACGUACUGGCGCAAGUGCUAUGGAAAAUCCGAACGCAAUACACCGAAAGCGAAGCUGCGGGUCUACGAGCAAAGCUGCGCGUGUACACUAUUUCAGACCAAGAUGAUACUGGAGCGUGGAUCAGAGCGCAGUUUCCUGAUAUAUUUUACAUUUCAUCUGUACACGCUUGGAACAAUUACGGCAUGGCGACUUGGACUGGCAUAUCUGGGGACAAAUAUUACCGGUUCGACCAAGGCGGCCCAGACUUCACAAAGGUUUCUGCGGAGUGGAUUAAAGACAAUAUCCAGAUCGGUCCUCUUGGUUCGGCAUACCCAAACUUCAUGUUUAUUCCUGAAGGCGAUACGCCCACUUUCCUCUACCUAGUUCAAAAUGGACUCGGCGUACCUGAGCAACCCAGCUACGGCUCCUGGGGCGGCAGAUACCAGAUGAUAGACAUUAGCGAUGCGGGACAACAUGCGCGUCAUUUUGGAGACUGUGCUGACACAGUUACUGGCCUAGACGGCCGCAUUUACCGCUCGAAUCAGGCGACAAUAUGGCGCUGGAGAGAUGCUUUCCAGAACGACUUUGCCGCACGGAUUCAAUGGAGUCUAACAAGCGACCUAGAGGCAGUUAACCACCACCCAGUCACCUCCGUCAACGGGUUUCAGGGACCAGAUCCCAUUACGAUCGAGGCUGAGGCAGGUUCUACACUCACUUUCGACGCAAGCGAGACGUACGAUCCGGACUCGGGUGACAAACUGACAUUUAAGUGGUGGCAUUACUGUGACCCAAGUGCGACUCAAUGGACAGUAGAAUUCGAAGUUAGUGAACUGAAAAUACGUCAGCUCAACGACAGUGGGACGGUGGUAGAAGUAAAACUUCCGGGACCGGAACAGUGCUGUGUGGAGCUCCUCAGUCGGAGGGCUAUUGCACUAGGGAAGGCGCUGCACUUGAUACUGGAAGUGAAUGACAACGGUACCCCUGCAUUAACAAGCUAUCAGAGAAUCAUAAUCCAGCCGACAAACAAAGACCUUCGAGGUGGAGGCGAACCAUCUGAAGCGAUAUGCGAUGUCAUGCAUAAACUACUUCCAAACUGA